AUGGUUGGCGUCAUUCUGGAAACACUUAAUUCGAAGAAGCUAAUAGCGUUCGGCGUCGUCAUUUUACUUGCACAAACUGCAUUCUUUCUCAUCGGUGGUCUUAUCUCACCAGCGCCGCAUUCAAGCGAACAGAUUCUUUUGUCAAAAUGUAUUGAUAACGAAAGUACUCCAGAAACGUUCGCUAACAAAUGGUUCUUCUUAAGACCACAGCUCUCGAAUUAUACUUGCAAAAAUGUUGUUGAUGGACCCUUGGAUGAAAUGAAUAUAACUGCCGAAAAUAUUGUUUUCGUUGCCCAAUUUCCGCAUCCUAGGUCGGGGGUUGAUCUCAAGAUGACACGUUGGUUUCAGCAAGUAAUCGCCGUACUUUGGCUCGAAAUCGCUUGGAAGUAUGACAUAGAGGUUAAGUCAGAUGCGUGGUUGACGUUUGACGUAAGGCUGGGCUAUCGCAAUGACGGUGAUCCGCCAGAGGCUUGGAAGGAGAUAGCGCGCUCCCAAGAGAUACGCCCACUUUUCUGCAGUCUUGAAAAGAGUGCCGCGAGUGAGGCAGGGCAUAAAUCCAAUGAGGAUUUCGGGUUUUAUGAUUGCGAAGUGAUGCCCCUUUUCACUUUGGGCAGCUGCCACCAUCAAAACUACCUAGUCAAUAUCCGGAUUCCUCACGAUCCUGUCAAAGGAAUAAACCAAGGAAUUGGUGUUCUUCAAGAUGUUUGGAUGGUAGAAAUCCAUCAAAACGGCGGCUUCACAAUGGUGUGGUUCGCUUUGAAAACUUUUCUGUUCCCGAUUGCGUUGUGUACGGUCGUAUUCUUUUGGCGCCGUGUUCUUGAGCUCGACCGCUCGCCUACACUAAUGGAGCGCACAAUCUUUGCCCUCGGUUUGGUCCUCUGCAUUUUUGAUUGUCCUGUUGAGUGGUUGUCCCUUAAGUUUGAUGUCUCCUUUUGGCUUGUACUUUCUGACAUUCGUCAAGGCGCGUUCUACGCAACCUUAGCCUGCUUCUGGCUGGUCUUUACAGGCGAGCAUCUGAUGGAUUCAACCUACGGUCACCGCCAUCCGACACGAUUUGGCCUUUCUGUGUAUUACUGGCCGAAAUUGCUGCUUGUUGGUGGCUGUUGCUCGGCAAUGAGUAUAUUUGAACUAGCUGAACGUGGAGUCCAACUACAUAAUCCAUUUUACAGCAUUUGGUCGCAUCCCGUAGCAGCGAAACUAGGCUACUCAAGCGUUAUUUUGGGUGGAUUGUGUGCCGCUGCUUACUUCCUCUACCUCGCUGCGCUGAUCUGCCAGGCACUUUGGCAAAUUUUCACGAAACGUCGUCUACUUCCCUCCUUGCAAGCUAAUCAGCGAGUCUACUACAGUGGGCUCAUCUAUCGCUUCACAGCUCUUCUCAUUUAUACCGUUCUCUGCGCUGCCCUCACCGUUAUUUUUUACAUCUUCAGUCAGGCAAACGAGGAGCGAUGGAAGUGGGGCAGCCAUCGUAUUGAAUAUACAUCAGCAUUUAUUACAGGCGUCUACGGCAUGUGGAACGCCUACGUGGUCACAAUUCUCUGCCUCUAUGCGCCUUCGCACAAAUUCCGAUCAUCGAAUGGUCAUCAAAUGGUAGAACAUCUUUUGGUGAGCAGCGAUAGUGUUGGCGAAUGUUCACCGGUGGAAGGGCAGCGCGGAGUAGAGUUGAAACACGAUGACAGUGGACCAGCAGAAAAUAUCAAACUGGUUCCCGCUCAUGGGCUCUCCUUUUUCACCAAAACGGCUCAGGAGUGA